AUGUCGUGGAACAGGUUGCGGCUUGGAAUGGACGGCGACGGCGAGGAGUUGACGGCGCAGGAGACUGCUUUGUAUGACCGUCAAAUUAGGGUUUGGGGAGCUGACGCUCAAAGAAGAUUAAGCAAAGCCCAUGUCUUAGUCUAUGGAAUGAAAGGAACCGUAGCUGAGUUUUGCAAGAAUAUUGUUCUGGCUGGAGUAGGUAGUCUGACUUUAGUAGAUGAUCGGGUUGCCACUGAGGAGGCACUUUCCUCUAACUUUCUCAUCCCUCCUGUUGAGAGUGUGUACGGUGGAAAGACCCUUGCGGAGCUUUGUUGUAAUUCUCUUAAAGAUUUCAAUCCUAUGGUUCGUGUUUCCGUUGAGAAAGGUGAUUUGUCCAACUUUGGUGUUGAAUUUUUCAGCAAGUUCGAUGUUGUUGUUGUCAGUUGUUGCUCACUUUCAGCCAAAAAACUGGCUAAUGACAAAUGCAGAAAACUAUCAAAACGUGUAGCAUUUUAUGCUGUCGAGUGUAGGGAUUCUUGUGGUGAAGUUUUUGUUGAUUUGCAGGAUUACAAAUAUUCAAAGAAAAAACAGGAAGAAACUAUUGGAUGCGAUCUGAAGUAUCCUUCUUUUGAGGAUGCAUUGUCAGUACCUUGGAGGACACUACAUAAGAGAAUGUCAAAGCUGUACUUUGCAAUGAGAGUAAUAGAAAAGUUUGAAGAGGCUGAAGGACGUAGUGCUGGGGAGGUUUCGAUUGCAGAUCUUUCUGCUGUUCUCAAGCUGAAAAAGGACCUUUGUAUUGCACAAUCUCUCAGUGAAUCUCAUGUGCCUGACGCUCUUUUAGAAAGAUUGGUGACAAAUGCAACAGAAUUUCCUCCUGUUUGUGCUGUUAUAGGUGGAAUCCUUGGACAGGAGGUUAUCAAAGCAAUUUCUGGGAAAGGAGACCCCCUAAAGAAUUUCUUCUUUUUUGAUGCUUUUGAUGGGAAGGGCAUUAUAGAAGACAUAUCUGCGAAGUGA